AUGUUCUCAACCACCUCAAUGGUCUUCCGGGCCGGCGCCCGUCGCGUCAUUCGACGAUCCAUGCCCGUCCUCCCUGCCAUGGGCCCCAGCCCAGCCCGAUCCUUCGCCGGCCGACAAAACGCUUUCGUCAUUGCUGGUAUGCGCCAGUCCAUGCAGCAACGACGUGGUUAUGUUGCCGAGACCAACCCUAACCCUCCUCUGGGAAAGAAGAAUGCGACAAACGACAGGCCCUCUCGAAUUGGUCUAAUAGGCGCCCGAGGAUACACUGGUUCAGCGCUUGUUGAGUUGCUCAACGAGCACCCCAACAUCGAACUUGCGCAUGUUUCUUCCCGAGAGCUUGCUGGUCAGCAACUCCAGGGAUACAGCAAGCGCAAGGUUAUCUACGAGACCUUGUCACCCGAGGAUGUUGCUCAGUUGGACGGUGAUGGCAAGGUGGACUGCUGGAUCAUGGCCCUUCCCAACGGUGUCUGCACGCCUUACGUCGACGCUUUGGACGCUAUCAACAGCAAGAGCCUUAUUGUCGAUCUCUCUGCCGAUUACCGAUGGGACGAGAAGUGGACAUACGGUCUUCCCGAGCUUGUUAAGCGUUCCAAGAUUGCUCAGUCCAACCGUAUCUCCAACCCCGGAUGUUACGCUACUGGUGCCCAGAUCGGUCUCAGCGGAGCUCUGGGCUUGAUCGAGGGAACUCCCACAGUUUUUGGUGUCUCAGGAUACUCUGGAGCCGGAUCCAAGCCUAACCCCAGAAACAACGUCGAGGUCCUCAAGGAUGCGAUUAUCCCUUACUCUCUGACCGGACAUAUCCACGAGCGCGAGAUUUCCACACAAUUGAACCACCAGGUUGCUUUCGUCCCUCAUGUUGCUGGAUGGUUCCGAGGUAUCACCUUGACCAUUAACAUCCCUCUGAGCAAGGAGAUGACUUCACGAGAUAUCCGUCAAUUGUACCAGGACCGAUACGCCGGCGAGAAGCUCAUCAAGGUUGUUGGUGAGCCACCAUUGGUGAGCGCCAUCUCUGGACGCCACGGAGUCGAGCUUGGAGGCUUUGCCGUUGACAGCACUGGCAAGCGUGUGGUUAUCGUCGCCACCGUCGACAACCUCGCCAAGGGUGCCGCAACCCAGUGUCUGCAAAACAUGAACCUUGCUCUUGGCUACGACGAGUACGAGGGUAUUCCCGUCAUGUAA